AUGGCGCUCAACCAACUACCUACAGAGAUCAUAUGGAUCAUCGCCUCAUGCUUUUGCAAGCAGGGUGACAUUUACGCCUUGAUCCGGACCAAUCGUCAUAUACACAGAACCCUUUUAAAGUUUCUAUAUUGUUUUCACGGCCAGUACAAGCAUGGAAUCGGGCUCUCUUUCGUCGCUGAACGGAACCUCGUUCCACAAGUUCGAGGUUUGCUAGACGGGCUGAACACUGCCCGCUACUACAAUCCAUCAUCCGACGCAGUGAUAUUAGCAGCGGAAGACAAGUUACCAAAAAUGUGCGAAGACGAAGAUGAAAUGACAGUUUCAUCGACAAUGCAAUAUAAAUGGCGACAGACGGACCCUCACUGUCGGGAUAUUUAUACCCAUCCUCUUUUGCAACAAGGAUACAGCGUCCUGAGUGUCGUGAACAUCCAGCACGCUCUGGUAGUAGCAAUUCAGGGUGGCCAUACCAAAGUCGUGGUCAUCUUACUAGACUUCGGUGCACAAGUCAACUUCUACUGCAGGACUCGUGCUGAUGACCUAAAUCAUAAACAUAAUGUUUACUGGUGGCAUCGUCGGGGCGUUGACUACCCGCCCCUCUUUACUGCGACGCGGAUAGGGAACCUGGAGUUAGUAAAAUUACUACUUCGGCGAGGUGCUGAUCCGGAGCUCUAUCCCCCUUCCCCUUUGUAUCGCGCCGUGAAAGAUGAUCGACGGGAUAUCAUUCCUGUAUUGCUCGAAUACGGCGUGGGACCCCAGGAAACAGCAUUGAAGCUAGCUGUACUGAAUGAGGAUGCAUCUAUGGUGAGGCUUCUCCUUGAUCGAGAAUUCAAUGUCUUACAGUAUGGUCAUACUGGACUCUUCACUGCUGAGCAGAAGGGCCUUUGGGGUAUCGUUGACCUCUUGAAAUCUCAUGGGGCAACACUGGCUGCACUUUCCCACCAUGAUAGAUGUAUUUGGGCACAGGAAGACGGGGAUGGUACUGGAAGUCCUUAUGGGCAACCGACAUGCGUUGGCUGGGGAGAUGAGGUGGAUGAAUCGGACGAUGAACCAGAUAAUUGA